UUGAAGAGCAAUCGGAUGCUGCAACUAUUCACCAAAGGAAUUCCUCGUGACUCCACUUUCUGUUUUUUGUGCCUGCGCGUCUCCGUGUCUGUGCACGCGCGCGUACGUGAAGGCGUCGAGAAGGACGUUGACGUUGCGGUUGCGGCGUUUCCCCAUCUCCACCUCACCUCCACCACCAGGCACCGGCGCAGUCCAGCCCACUGCGGCCGAGGAGAGCUACUUCCGUUCCGCAGAGGGCGACGAGGCAGCAGCCAGCGAGCCGGCGGAGGUCCAGACACAAAAGACUGGGGUCCGGGUUCUUCUCCAAUCCAAACCGGAAUGUCGGAUGAGGAUUCUCGUGCCAGCACCAGCUCUUCGUCGUCCCCGCCGUCGUCCAGCCAGAGUAGACAGAAGGACACGUCUUGCAAGAAGAAGCGCGAGAGCAAAGCCAGCAUGAGCAAGACCUCCAAGCUGCUUUCCACCAGCGCCAAGAGGAUUCAGAAAGAGCUGGCUGACAUCACACUGGACCCACCACCAAACUGCAGUGCCGGCCCCAAAGGAGACAACAUCUAUGAGUGGAGGUCCACCAUCUUGGGACCACCAGGCUCAGUGUACGAGGGUGGCGUCUUCUUCCUGGACAUCGCCUUUACGCCCGACUACCCCUUCAAACCGCCCAAGGUGACGUUCCGCACUCGGAUCUACCACUGCAACAUCAACAGUCAGGGCGUGAUCUGUCUGGACAUCUUGAAGGACAAUUGGAGCCCCGCCCUCACCAUCUCCAAGGUGCUGCUGUCCAUCUGCUCCCUGCUCACAGACUGCAACCCAGCCGACCCUCUGGUGGGAAGCAUCGCCACCCAGUACACGACUAACAGAGCCGAACAUGACCGAACAGCCAAACAGUGGACCAAGCGAUACGCCACAUAAACCUGCGGGGGGCGACAGUGGGAGAGGAGGAGGUGGAAGGAGUUGUGGGGGGGGCUCUUGGUGGUCUGUGUUGGGGUGGGGGGGUGGUUUUUAUCUCAGAUUUUUAGUACUUUAUUGUCUGGUAUAUUUUUUGCUUCCUGAUUAAGUUAUCUGCGCAAAUAUGGAAAUAAAAGAACACAACAGAAAGGAAGUGGAGUGUUGUUUUUUUUCACUCAAGUUAAAUGCAGCUGAACUAUCCUUGGGCAUUGAACCGUUCACGCAUUAUUAGUGAGAAUCCGAGUCGGUGUAACUUGAAGAGGAAGAUAUGGCAAUUGUCUUCACAGUUUCGGCCUUGAGCACCUUCGUUUUAAUUCAUGUCUACACGCAACAAUACACGCGUGUGAGUAGACCCGGCCGGAACAAUGUUUAACCACAAUAAAGUUGCAUUCCCUUUU